AUGGAGGAGGAAGAGAACAAGCAGCCGGCCUUCCUGGAUGUCCUCGUAUGCCGCAAGGAUUGUGGUGAAUUAAAGACCAAAGUGUUUAGGAAAGCGAAAAAUACUAUGCAAGUACUGAACUCCAACAGCAACCACCCAAUCAAUCACAAACGCAGUUGUGUAAGGACGCUCUAUCGGCGUGUCGAAACGCACUGCAGUGAGCCGGAAGACAAGAUUUCCGAACAAAGAUACCUUCGACGGGUCUUCAAAGUCAAUGGCUACCCGCGCAACUUCGUCAAACGGUGCAUACGCAAAAGGGACGAAAGUACAAACCUCACGGACACCAAAGUUUGGCGAGCGCUUCCAUAUGUCAAGAACGUUUCGGAAGCUGUUGGCUGCCUUCUCGCACCAUUUGGGUUUGGAGUUGCACACAGACCGGAGGCAACCAUCAGGCGUCAGUUAAUGAGACCGAAAGACCCACUGCCACGGCAAGAAACGUCUGGAGUCGUUUAUCGGAUCUGGUGCAGUUGCGAACAAAGCAACUACGUCGGAGAAACCGGAAGACAGCUCCAAACGCGAAUGGCUGUACACGCUGCAGCGGUACGAAGAAAUGACGCCAGCUCCCAAGUUGUGGCUCAUUCGACGAGAUCCGGCCACACAUUCAAAUUCGACGAGGCCGAAAUUCUCGCAAGAGGUGACAACCGCGUGAGCCGGGAGCUGCUUGAGUCAUGGUUUGCUGGCCCCCAGUCUAUUAAUAAGUGCAAUGAUCUUCCCAUUCAAUACUCCGUGCUGAGACCUCGCCUAGGCGGAGUAAUUGGCCACGCGGGGAGCGCACAGGUGAACACCUUUCCCAACACCAAGGUCAGCGCGUCAGAUGGUCGAGCAAUCAUCACACCAGCAUCCAACGCACGUGAUGAAAUUGCAGCAAUUAACGACGCAAAUGUCGACCAUCACGCCACGUGCACCGAUUCCUGA